GCUAAAAUGGUUGGAUUUGAAUUUUCAUAAAUUAGUGUUUAAUUGAUUUACUUAAUUCAACAAAUAAAUAAUUAUCAAAUAUGGAUUACAAUUAUGAACAGACGAGUGAAGUGGAAGCACUAGAUUCAAUUUAUUAUGGCGAUAUGCAAAUCUUACAGACAGAACCAUUUCAUAAAUUCAGUAUACCAAUCAAGUCUGAAAACUAUGAUGAUGGUGAUGGUUUAUCAUGUCAACUAGUUUUUUCAUACACUCAAAAAUAUCCAGAGGAAUUACCGAAUGUUGAAAUUAUAAGCGACGAAAGCUUCGAUGAAAUUGUUGACAAAGAUGAACUUUUAAAACAUUUAGAAGAACAAGGUAAUGAAAAUUUGGGAAUGGUUAUGAUUUUCACAUUAGUAUCUGCUGGACAAGAAUGGUUAAAUGAAAAGUGGGAUGGUGUUAAAAGAGAAAGAGAAGAAAAACUACUGGCAAAGAAGAAGGCGGAUGAAGAGGCAGAACAGAAAAGGUUUGAGGGAACAAGAGUUACAGUGGAGUCAUUUUUGGCGUGGCGAAAACAAUUCGAAAUUGAUAUGGGAAUACCUGCCAAAAGGGAGAAGGAAGCUAUUAAAGAUAAAAAUAAACUAACCGGAAAAGAAUUGUUCUUGAGAGACACCACUCUCAAUGAGUCUGACCUGAAAUUCCUUGAUGAUGGAGAUGCUGUGAAAGUAGACGAGUCAUUGUUUCAAGAUUUGGAUGAUUUGGAUCUGUCAGAUGAUGAAGAUGAUGAUGAUUAUGUCCCAGGUCAGAGCGACAGUGAUAGUGACUAGCGGUCAGCCAUGCGCUGAGCCAGCGCAUCUCAAACUUGUUACGCCCCGAGCUUUGCGGUAUGCCAGAGAUUGCACUACUACUCAUUUUUGUCAUUCCAAGUAUUUUCAUAAUAUUAUGUUUUGCUCUACUGCUACUUUAAUAGGGAUGA